AACGUUUUGAUUACCAGUAUCAGUUGGCGAUUCUCGAUGGCAAAAUGAAGAUCAUUUUUAUCUUUAUAUUGGCAAAUCUGGGCUUUGUCGCCUUAAGCAGAAUGGAUGAUCUUGCGCGUGACACUAAACGUAAACUUCAAAACUAUGUAGACAAAUAUAGAUACUUGUCCACUGGAAAUGCUGAAUUCGCCCAGUGGAUUGAAAAACUCUACAAUGCUAUCCAUAGUAAGAGAGAUGUUGUGUGGAAAACGCGGUUGCGGAUAAAAUUCGGAGCUUACGACAAGGAACGUCAAGAACUUGAAGACCAGAUUACUACUCGCUUAUCCAGAGUCAAAACUCAAUUAAGCCUAAGAGACGGAGGCCAGGGAUGUGUGCCGUACUAUACACUCCAGAAAAGUGCACUUGAAAACGCCUAUCAGCUAUCCAAUUAUAUGAAAAAGGACACAAUUAAGAGCAAUAGUUACGAUUGCCCAAGUAAUAUUAGGCAGAAAAGUUAUGACUAUGACGAUUACUAAGGUAAUAUUGUAUAGGCGACCAUUUGUAAAGAACUUUAAGGGUUAUCAAUAUAACUUUAAUAACUUUACUAUCAUUAAGAAACAAACAUGUUUUUUACAUUUAGACGAUAGUAUAAUUUUAUAACUGGUUUUCCUGUUUUGUUUUUAAGCAAAUUAAACAAAAAGAAAUCAAACUUUUUAUAGGUUCAUAUUUAAAGUAAAAGUUGUAAAUAAAAGUAGUCCUGUUAUGGAAUCUCAAA